AUGGAGCAGUACAUCGUGCUGGGCCGCAUCGGGGAGGGCGCGCACGGCGUCGUGUUCAAGGCCAAGCACCGCGAGACCGGGGAGCUGGUGGCCCUCAAGAAGGUGCCGCUGCGGCGCCCCGAGGAGGGGCUGCCCCCACAGACCCUGCGCGAGAUCAAAGCCCUGCGCGAGAUGGAGGCGCACCCCCAUGUGAUCCGGCUCCGUGCCGCCUUUGCCCAGGGUCCUGCCGUGGUUCUGGCCAGGUGGCCCUGCCGUGGUUCUGGCCUGGAGCUCCUGGUUGGGGACCUGGGGGGGCUCCUGCGGGCGGCCCCGGCCCCGCUGCCCCCGGCCCGGGUGAGGGCCCUGCUGGCCAUGACCCUGCGGGGGCUGGGCCACGUGCACGGCCAGCACCUCGUGCACAGGGUGAGGCACCCCAAAACGGAUGGGGGGCAUUGGGAAUGGGGGGGACACUGGCACCAGUGGCUGCGCUGGGACCUGAAGCCAGCCAAUCUGCUGCUGGACAGCGCCGGGCGCCUCAAGCUGGCGGAUUUUGGGCUGGCGCGGGUGCUGGGCCCGCCCUCGGGGCGCCCCUACAGCCACCAGGUGGCCACCAGGUGGUACCGAGCCCCAGAGCUGCUCUAUGGAGCCCGGCACUACGACGAGGGCGUGGAUCUGUGGGCCGUGGGCUGCAUUUUCGGGGAGCUGCUGACGCUGUCGCCGCUGUUCCCGGGGGAGAACGACAUCGAGCAGCUGUGCUGUGUGCUGCGGGCCCUGGGCACGCCCAGCCCCCGGGACUGGCCGGAGCUGUCAGAGCUGCCCGAUUUCCCCAAGCUGCGGUUCCGGCCGCGGGCGGCGCCGCCGCUGGCGCUGCUGGUGCCGGGCGGAGCCGCGGCGCUGGACCUGCUGCAGCAGCUGCUGCGCUACCGGGCACGGCUGCGGCCACGGGCACACCAGGCCCUGCUCCACCCGUUCUUCUUCGGGCCCCAGGAGCUGAGCCCCCCCCCCGGCCCCGGGGGGGGCCCCGCGCGCCCCCCCGAGUUCAGCCUGGACACGGCGCUGGAGCUGCCCCCCCGCGGGGCCCUGGGACCCCUCCCCAACAUGGGGGACCCCCAUUGA